UCUUCACGCUCGCGCUGCUGUGACGCGACGGAGGCGGCGGGAGCGGGAGCAGUGGGCUUUUUCCACAGGUGACGCCUGGAGAACGGGUGGACGUGCAGGCCGGGACCCACCGGGCUGCGCCCCCAGACUCUCCGCUGCCCACGAGUCUCGGAGUGGCACCCUCUCCUGGUCGUCUCCUCUCGUGGGGCCCGAAGAACGGGGCAAAGCCGAGUUCGUGCGCUGUACUGCGCGGGCGCGCGUUUCGUUCUUCGGGUUUGCCAUGGUUCUGUGACUCCCUAAAGGUUGAGGGCUACUGAAUUGGAAGAAACGCCGAGCUGGCUUCUGGGGGGCUGCCGGGCGCCGGGCAGCGUGUUUACUCUGAGUAGAGCAACCGCAAAACCUCCUUUAAAAAAUACCCGUUCUGAGCUGCGGCGUUGGAGAGGCCGCCUGUCAUUCAGCCCCUUCAGACCCUCUCUCUCUCCGUCUUCCGGAGCGUGAGUGAAGCCCGGGUGAGGUGUUUUCCCACACGCCGGGGGCCCGGAGCUGAGAAGGGGCAUGGCCAGCAUCACGCAGCUGUUCGACGACCUGUGUGAGGCCCUCCUGCCGGCUGCCAAGACUCACCUGGGCCAGCGCAGUGUGAACCGGAAGAGGGCAAAGCGGAGCCUCAAGAAGGUGGCCUACAAUGCGCUUUUCACAAAUCUUUUUCAAGAUGAGACUCAGCAGCUGCAGCCUGACAUGUCAAAACUACCAGCGAGAAACAAGAUCCUCAUGUUGUCCUUUGACUUGAGAGUGGGUGGCCUGGGCCCCGAGGCCGACCGUCUGGAGGAGCUUGUGGAGGAGCUUGAAGCAGCCCCUUGCUGUCCGCUUUUGGAGGUGGGGUCUGUUUUGGACCUCCUGGUUCAGCUGGCAGGGAGUGGUCCCCCUCAACUUCUGCCCAGAAAUCGAGACUACUUCCUUAACAACAAGCACGUGGGGAGAAACGUUCCCUAUAGCGGCUAUGAUUGCGACCACCUGAGUGUGUUUGAGACAGACGUUCAGUCUCUGAUCUCCAGAGAAGAGUGUUUGUGUCACAGCAUGAUCCAGGAAACACUUCAGGUUAUGGAGGCUGCUCCAGGGACCGGCCUGCCCACCGUCGGGCUCUUCUCAUUUGGUGACUCUUGUGGUGACCGGUUUGAGAGAGACACCCGGGUCUCGCUCUUCGGGGCCCUUGUGCACAGCCGCACUGACGACAUGGACGUCCGACUGGGCCUGCCCCCCGUGCCAGACAAUGCAGACCUCUCUGGGCUGGCCAUUAAGGUCCCACCGAGUGUGGAUCAGUGGGAAGAUGAAGGAUUCCAGUCAGCAUCCAACCUGACUCCUGAUUCUCAGUCUGAGCCCAGCGUGACCCCAGACGUGGACCUGUGGGAAGCCGCACUCACCUAUGAGGCCAGCAAGCGGAGGUGCUGGGAGCGAGUUGGCUGCCCCCCUGGCCACAGAGAGGAGCCUUACUUGACAGAGGCGGGAAGGGACGCUUUCGACAAGUUCUGCAGGCUCCGCCAAGGGGAGCUUCAACUGCUUGCUGGGGGCAUCCUACAGGCCCCACAGCCCGUGCUGGUGAAGGAGUGUGAGCUGGUGAAAGAUGUGCUGAACGUCUUGAUUGGGGUCGUGUCUGCCACGUUUUCCCUCUGCCAGCCGGCCCAGGCCUUUGUGGUGAAGCGGGGUGUCCACGUGUCGGGAGCGUCUCCCGAGAGCAUCAGCAGCCUGCUCUCGGAGGUGGCCGAGUAUGGGACCUGCUACACGCGCCUGAGUCACUUCUCUCUGCAGCCGGUCCUGGACUCUUCGUACAGCAAGGGCCUCGUGUUCCAGGCCUUCACCAGUGGCCUGAGGAGGUACCUGCAGUAUUAUCGGGCCUGCGUCCUUUCCACUUCGCCCACCCUGAGCCUCCUCACCAUUGGUUUUCUCUUCAAGAAACUGGGCCGGCAGCUCAGGUACCUGGCCGAGCUCUGUGGCGUUGGUGCUGUGCUCCCAGGCACCUGCGGAGGAGGCCCCAGGGCUGCGUUUCCCACCGGUGUGAAGCUGCUGUCCUACCUCUACCAGGAGGCGCUGCACAACUGCAGCAACGAGCACUACCCUGUGCUGCUGUCCCUGCUGAAGACCAGCUGCGAGCCCUACACCCGGUUCAUCCACGACUGGGUGUACAGCGGCGUGUUCAGAGACGCUUAUGGCGAGUUCAUGAUUCAGGAACACGAGUACCUCAGCUUCCGAGCACAUUGCCACGACGUGUACGUCUGCGGGAAGACCAUUAACCUGCUUGAAACUCUGCUGCCCCCGGCAUUAUCUCUGUUGGUCCGACGUCCCGUCCCCGGAUCUCCGGUGAUUUUCUCCCUCGAGGAGUUGAAGGAGAUUGAGAAGGACUGUGCUGUCUACGUCGGGCGCAUGGAGAUGGCCCGCCACAGCUCUGUCAGCAAGGAGGAGAAGGAAUUACGUAUGGAAAUUGCAAAACAAGAAUUAAUUGCUCAUGCCCGGGAAGCAGCAUCCAGGGUCCUGAGUGCACUGAGUGACCGGCAGAUGUCAGAACGGAUGGCCUUGGACGCCCGAAAGCGCGAGCAGUUUCAGAGGCUGAAAGAACAGUUUGUGAAGGACCAGGAGCGACGCCAGGCGGCCAGGCAGGAGGAGCUGGAUGAUGACUUCAGCUACGCCCGUGAACUCCGAGACAGGGAAAGGAGGCUGAAGUCCCUGGAGGAGGAGCUGGAGAGGAAGGCGAGGCAGGCGCUGGUCGACCACUACAGCAAGCUCUCUGCAGAGGCAGCUCGUCGGGAGCAGAAGGCGCUGUGGCGAAUCCAGAGGCACCGACUGGAGAGUGCACGGCUUCGUUUUCUCUUAGAAGAUGAGAAACACAUUCAGGAGAUGCUGAAAGCAAUGCCUGAGGCUCACCAGUCCCAGGAGCCGCCAGGCGUCCUUGUGAGCCUGCACCCCCAGGUCGCAUCUCCGGGCCCUGAGGACCCAGAGGGAGACCAAGGCUGUGAUGCUGGGCCUGCGGAGCAACACUCAGCUGCCUGGGAUGGCCCGAACGGGCCAGGCCUGCCGACCCCACAGUCCCUUAAGCCUCUAGCAAUGGGGGCUGGUGGCACAGGGCUGCAGCAGGCGGAGGAGGCCGGACCCUUCUCUGACAGCCUCAGCAUUGGAGACUUCCUACCUGUGGGCCCAGGGGCUGAGCAGUCCGUGCAGACUGGCAUGGUCCCUCUCCUGGAGGCAGCGCUGCAGACCAUCAACUUGGACCUGCCCCCCUCAGCUCCUGGGGAGGCACCCGCAGCAGCCAGCACUCAGCCUUCCAGGCCACAGGAGUACGACUUUAGUACUGUCCUGAGGCCAGCUGUGGCCGCUUCACCUGCACCAGGACCCCUGCAGGCUGCAGAGUGCAACUUGGGCAGCUCAGGGCCACAGCUGUGGGAGGACAGUUGUGGGAAGCUGGAUGCCUGUGGCUCCACCUUGCAGGUGGCUCUGUCCCCCUCACACCCACCCAGGCGUGCCGCUCUGAAGGAGGGGAGCAGCCAGCCCGCAGAGCAGCUCUUCGGGCAUGAGUCAGGAGGUGGUCUUCCCACAGGGGGCUAUGCUUCUGAAACAGCUCUUACCCGGCCACAGUGGAACAUCCACGGGCACGUGUCUGACGCCAGCAUUGGGGUCGGGGAGAAUGUGUCAGAAGUGGCUCCCACCCGGCCACGGUGGAACAUCCAUGGACACGUGUCCGAUGCAAGCAUCAGCUUGGGGGAGUCUGUGUCAGAAGUGGCUCCCACUCGGCCACGGUGGAACACCCAUGGACACGUGUCCGACGCCAGCAUCAGGGUCGGGGAGAAUGUGUCAGAUGUGGCUCCCACCCGGCCACGGUGGAACACCCAUGGACACGUGUCUGACGCCAGCAUCAUCUUGGGGGAGCCUGUGUGGGACGUGGUUCCCACCCGGCCACGGUGGAACACCCACAGACACGUGUCUGACGCCAGCAUCAGCUUGGGGGAGCCUGUGUCGGACGUGGUUUCCACCCGGCCACGGUGGAACACCCAUACACCCGUCCCUCCGUCCCACAUGAUGCUGGGGGCUGUCUCACCAGAAGCUGAGCCCAACACACCCAGGCCCCAACAGAGCCCCGCUGGCCACACGUCCCAGUCAGCGCUCAGCCUGGGAGCACAGAGCACUGUGCUGGACUGUGGGUCACAGCUGCCUGUAGAAGUGGGGCCAUCUCUGUCCUCCCUCAGCUCAGGCUGCGGGGAGGAGAGCAUCAGCAUUGGGGAGAACGUGUCAGACGUGGCUCCCACCCAGCCAUGGUCGCCCAACACCCCGGGAGACGGCGUCUCUGAAGAACUAGGUCCUGGGAGGAGCGGGGACACUGAGGAGCCUCUGAACUCACAGGAAAACGCAGCUGCCCAGAGCAGCCCAGGCCCUGGUGAGGAGGCGGCAGUGGCGGCGGAGGCUCAGGGCGGUGAACAGGCCUACCUGGCAGGCCUGGCAGGGCAGUACCACUUGGAGCGGUACCCGGACAGUUACGAGUCCAUGUCUGAGCCACCCAUCGCUCACCUUUUGCGCCCUGUGCUUCCCCGGGCCUUCGCCUUUCCCGUGGACCCCCAGGUCCAGUCUGCCGCGGAUGAGACUGCCGUGCAGCUGAGCGAGUUGCUGACGCUGCCCGUGCUCAUGAAGCACUCCAUCACGGCACCAUUGGCCGCCCACAUCUCCUUGGUGAACAAGGCUGCCGUCGACUAUUUCUUUGUGGAGCUGCACCUGGAGGCACACUAUGAGGCGCUGCGGCACUUCCUGCUGAUGGAGGACGGCGAGUUCGCCCAGUCCCUCAGCGACCUCCUCUUUGAGAAGCUUGGGGCCGGGCAGACACCCGGGGAGCUGCUCAACCCGCUGGUGCUGAACUCUGUGCUGAGCAAGGCCCUGCAGUGCAGCCUGCAUGGGGACACCCCGCACGCCUCCAACCUCUCCCUCGCCCUCAAGUACCUGCCCGAGGUGUUUGCCCCCAACGCCCCAGAUGUGCUCAGCUGCCUGGAGCUCAGGUACAAGGUGGACUGGCCGCUCAAUGUUGUCAUCACUGACGGCUGCCUGAGCAAGUACAGCGGCGUCUUCUCCUUCCUGCUGCAGCUGAAGCUCAUGAUGUGGGCGCUCAAGGAUAUCUGCUUCCACCUCAAGCGCACAGCCCUGCUGAGCCACAUGGCCAGCUCCGUGCAGUUCCGCCAGCUGCAGCUGUUCAAGCAUGAAAUGCAGCACUUCGUCAAGGUCAUCCAGGGCUACAUCGCCAACCAGAUCCUGCACGUCACCUGGUGCGAGUUCAGGGCCAGGCUGGCCACCGUGAGCGACCUGGAGGAGAUCCAGCGUGCACAUGCAGAGUACCUGCACAAGGCCGUGUUCAGGGGCCUGCUCACGGAGAAGGCGGCGCCUGUCAUGAACGUCAUCCACAGCAUCUUCAGCCUCGUGCUCAAGUUCCGCAGCCAGCUCAUCUCCCAAGCCUGGGGCCCCGCUGGGGGCCCGCGGGGUGCAGAGCACCCCAACUUUGCACUCAUGCAGCAGUCCUACAACACCUUCAAGUACUACUCCCACUUUCUCUUCAAAGUGGUGACCAAGCUGGUGAACCGCGGCUACCAGCCCCACCUGGAGGACUUUCUGCUGCGCAUCAACUUCAACAACUACUACCAGGACACCUGAGGCUGCUCUGCAGGGGACAUGCACAAUAAAGGUGUCCUCAGACCCUG